AUGGGUAUGCUCCUUUCCCUGAUUUUUCUUUUGUCCUUAUGUGAGGUUGCUAAUGGAGCCGAUGAGAAUAUAAAAGUCUGUUUUAUCUCUGUAACUGUACCUGUACCUAGACAAAAUAAUGCUGUAGUGAGGCCUUCAGUGCCUGUCGAGUACUGCCAAGAUCGUGAUGCGGCAGCUUGCUUCGAAAUAUUCAAGCCGAUGGGAAACGAUGUACUCGCGAAUAAUCGUAUGCCGUGA